AUGAACGCCGAGGACCAGUAUUACGCCUCCAGCCAGCUCUACAAGGAGCCCUGCGCCUUCCAGAGGUCCCAGCCCCAGGACUACUCCCCGAGCCCCCCCGCCUGCCUGUACAUGGGGCGGCAGCAGCAGCCAGCGCCGGAGCCCCCUUACCCCGGCGCCCUGGGGGGGCUGGAACAAGGCAGCCCGCCAGACAUUUCUCCCUACGAGGUGCCCCCCAUCACGGAAGAUCCAGGCCUCUCCCACCUCCAUCACCACCCGCACCAGCAUCCCCCCCACCAUUAUCCGCAGCUGCCUCACCCGCACCCAGAAGCUCUGCCCUUCGGAGACGGGAUGGAGGCCGGCGCUCUGGAGGAGCCGAGAGCCCCGCUGCCUUUCCCGUGGAUGAAGUCCACCAAAGCCCACGCCUGGAAGGGCCACUGGAGUGUCGCGGGUGGCUCCUACGCGGUGGAGCCGGAGGAGAACAAGCGGACGCGGACGGCCUACACGCGCGCGCAGCUGCUGGAGCUGGAGAAGGAGUUCCUCUUCAACAAGUACAUCUCCCGGCCGCGGCGCGUGGAGCUGGCCGUGCUGCUGAACUUGACCGAGCGCCACAUCAAGAUCUGGUUCCAGAACCGCCGCAUGAAGUGGAAGAAGGAGGAGGACAAGAAGCGAGGAGGCGCCGCAGGCGGCGGGAGCGGCCGGGAACCGGAGCAGGACUGCGCCGUCUCCUCGGGGGAACUGAUGGCCAAGGACGAGGCGGGCGAGGAGCGGCUGCCCACCAGCCCCACCGCCUCCUCUCCCCAGCCCCCGGCGGCCCGGUGA